GCACAGCGCCGAAACCCCUCCAACCCGGCGCAGACCGACCUUCAGCAGCGCAUAGAACGAAAUCGGGCUCGUCAAGAGUCAUCCGAACUUGAAACAUUGCGACGAAGAAUCGCCGAAUUGGAAAGUCGGCAACGGGCACCUGAAGAUCCCCCUCGGCGAGCAUCCACCUCGACGAAAGUGUAUUUGGAAGCCGAUUCUCCCCUCACUCCGGAACUCACUUUGGAACCUGUACCUGGGAAAGUCAAAGUCCCCCAGAUCGGACUAUAUGAUGGAACUUCAGGUCCCGACUCACACCUCGGUCAUUAUACCUCAUGGAUGGAUCUGCAUGGAGCAUCGGAUGCACUUCGGU